GUCUGCUGUUGGGCACACAGUGCGGCCGAUACAACGUUUCGCAUCGGAGCCGCGUGUGCGCGCGGGGCGCCGGCUUGGAGCCAGUGUUUUUCGACCGGCAGCCGGCUGUUCUCCGCGUUGUCACUGUGUGGACCCUUGCUUUCUUCAACGCGUGCUGCGCAUUCGCCGCAGGACAGCGGAAGUGGCGUCUUUGAAACGAAGUCCGCUAGCUGCCCCGUGUGUUGUCACUGCGUCUGUUUGUCUUCUCAGUGGUGUUUUCCGACGCGCGUUGUGCCGGAGCAGCGGCGCUGCGAAACAGGAUACCAGGUCUGGAACGUCAUUGUUCCGAGCUCUCUUUUUUCCAAAAGAUAGGCGAUCCCCGCUCGCUCUGUGGUGCCUGCAUCACAUGACCCUCUCCCCGCUGGAAUUCGGGAGAUAAGAAGUCAUUUGGGAACCGUCCCUCUCUCCACCGCCGGCAGCAUUCGUUUGCUCGCUAUCAGUUUCACGGAGACGUGGAUGCGAGGACCGCCUGGCCAAAGGCGUUCGCCGCCAGAUCCUGUCGUGAAAAAGAAAAGUCUAGAAGUGGCACGGCCUUCGGAACACUAACAUGCAACUGGACGGCCGCAGUACUUACAGAGAAGCGCGGCAUGAGCGGGGAACGUGACCCCACUUGACGACAUCAUCGGCCAUGACGUCAGCGACGCCGAGGGCUGCAGGGCGGCCUCACCACCCAACCUUGCUGACUCUGGUGACAGUGCUGCUGCUGCUGGGGCUUGGGACAGUCGGCGUUGCCGCUGCCGCCGAUCCACCAUCGACGACAGACGCCAACGCUGUCACGUCAGCUGGAGAGACCGCUACGCCAACCGCUGCACAUACGGUGAAAAAUGACACAAGCAACUCACCGACUGCGACUCCAGCGUUACCGCCGGACAAUGGAACAGCAACGUCCACGCUGCCCUCCACGCAAGCCAGCACGUUGGGGCAGAUACACGAGCAGACACCUUCACCUACCCCUGGUCACCAAACAAGUACCACAAGCUCUGAAACGUCAACGGUGUCGGUGAUGCAGGAUUCGAAUACAGAACAUCCUUCGACUACUGUCACAGCAGAGACAGUAACAACAAUUACAACAGUACCCGCUGUCAAUCAUUCAGAAGAAACAACCGUGGCAACAAGCACUGAUAUCGAGGGUCACCAGCCGAAUGCCACCAACGGAAGUGAACCGAUGUCAUCAUCGGCGACCACUUUAACGACGGUGGCUCCGACGACACUUUUACCAACGACGACGACGACGACGAGGCGCCGGCUGCCUGAGGUCCCCGAGGAAGACGUUGUCAUGAAGUCUACGCCCACCCAGCGACGACUGCUGCUGGUGCUGCGCGGCAAUUGCAGCCACGACAGCCUCAAGAGCGACGUCGAGGGCGCCUUCCGGAACCUGACGAGCUCCGCCGAGAACAUCAGCGUCACCGACAUCCACUGCACCACGCUGCUGGAUGUGAACGUGACGCUCAAGGCCGGCGAGCUGCAGCUCAAGCAGCUGCUGCGCAACUUGAGUCUGGCCGGCACCCUGCAGCUGGGCGGCGACAGGCACUUCCUGCUGACCGACUUCUCGGUCAAGGAGCAGGUCUCCACCGACGGAGCUCGCACGGUCCGCUCCCGCUGGGUCCCGACGCGCGAGGAGCUCAUCAUCUACGUCGCCGUCGCGGUGCUCUUCGGCAUUGUGCUCAUCAUCGCCUGCGUGGUCUGCAGCAUCCGCUGCUGCCGCCGACAGCCAUCGAAGACGCUCGACUUCCUCGACACGCCGCGCCUCAACCUGCGCCUGGAAGACUACACGCUGACGCGGAUACCGCGACCGCAUACUGUGUACGCUGAUCACUUGCGCACGCCCGACCAGGAGCUAGGCGUGGUGCAGGCCUUCGACACGUGCGUGGUCCCCCUGGAGGAUGUGAUGCCUCCACCGCCUCCAGCGCCCACCGUGCCCGCGCCGCCGUGCCCGCCGCCCAGGCGACCCGCUGAAGGCUGGAGAACCGAGCCACUGAUGACGUUCGGUGGCAAGCACACCAAGGCGUCGCCCGCCAACGGCUUCAAGGUCGCCCGCAGGAGCGGCACAAGAGCCGAAGAGGAAGACGACGAUGAGUCUUCCCUCAGGGGAAACGGCGCGCUGUCCACGUCGACAGAGCGACUGGCCCGGAGGGACUCGGGUCACCGGCAGGGAGUCGACAAUCCCAUCUACUUGGUGGACCGCAGGAAGUCCAAGGGCUGAGGAACUGAGCGCUCUGUUCCGCUCCGUCAUUCUCUUGGAAAUUUCGAGCCUACUGCGUGGACCUGAAGACGAACUUUGCACCGCCAGCCGUCAAAUGACGGGCUUCACAGACUGGCGGCUCCCGCUUUUUCAUCUUGAGGGUGUUCCCUGCGAGUGUGGAAAGAAGUAGGCUCGCUAUAGGUCUUAAGGCUGCCGAAGCCACUGUUUGCGGUGGCGUGGCACUGGCCGGGACUAUAUACUGUGCGCAUCUACGAGAGGUUGUGCUUUAGGAAGGAACUUAGGUGAAAAAUGGAAUGCUAUGAUAAAGGAGUCUCGCAGCGAUCUGACCCUUGACGCGUCGCCAACAUUGGCCAACAUAGAGAGAGGCGCGUCGUCUUCUUUGGGGCCUAUACAUUACACACAGCUAUCAAGCACGUUGAGAGUGUCCGACUCUUAGCGUUGUGCUCUGAUACGAGCGUAAUUGUUGUGUAAACGUGUUCCCUUUUCUUUUUUGCCUGAGGCCGCCUUUUAGUCAGACUCUUACUUUCUUAAUUUGCUUUUGUUCCUUUCUUUUUCUGCCGUCUCUAUUUACAAGUCGUAGCAUAUGGAUGAGUAUCUUCUAGUUUUUUGUUCGUCGCUUGACGCUUAGCUUUGACCAAGAGCGCGUACUUAUAGGCAACGUGUAAAACAGCUGGCUGUGUUCUUCUUAUGGUGGUGUAUCCAUGGUCCCGACUGGUGAUGGUCAGCGCCGUUGUUUGUUAUGUCUCAGAGAAGAAAUGGCCUCAGAAGUAGAGGGGGAAAAAAGAAAAGCUAACUCCCUGCCAAUUGCAGUCAGAGGCCUUGAUUAUUGGUAGUCUGUGGGUUCAGUGUUGCGUGUCCCCUAGUACUUCCAACUCUGCAUGAGUGUAUAGCCGUGGUACUUGAGUCGACCAUUCUGUAUAUGCCAGCACUUGUUGAAGUCUCUCUUUGACUGAAACGUGGGCAUUAUUUUGCCGGUGACCUGUCAGGUAGCAGGGGCGGCACCGCUAACAUGAACACGCAUGUUCCUGCUGCCCAAACCGAAUUUAAUAGAAAUGAGCGCAUUCGCAUUACUAAGGUUAGCAAAAACUAGUCUGUAGCAUGACAAAAUGCAUUUACCCCAUCCGUCGCUAGGAAUAUGAAACACUCGGCAGGGGAAAUCAAGAGCGCAGUUCGUCUUCCACGGACUUGAUACGAGGUGUGCCUUCGGUUGAGCUGCAGAAUUCUACAUGUUUGGCUAAGUCGUAUGUUCAUUUAGAUUGCACAAAGAACCACCGUAUUGGGGCUGUAUAUAAAAAAAAAAGCCGAAAAUGUCAUCCCUAGGUGAAAGUUUAGCACAAACAAAGCAACUGUUUGGACAAUGAAACCAUGUAAAUUUUAUCUACUGACGCAGGGUCGAUAAAGGGAAAGACCGGCAGGCUCUAAUUUCGUUCCGGGUGCGUCUGAGACGGCUCGAAAGUAUCUCUAGCACGCACGAGUGCUCCCAGAGAGCCCAUAUGUGAUGUGCUAUUCUGCCCACAGUGCGUGGUUUCGCAACUACCGUGGAAUGCCGAGCAUGCGUUCCACGUACAGUACCAUUGCCAGGACCUUACCUCGGAAGAAGCUGAAGGGAAGGGGCUCGGAUUUCCGGGCAGCGUUUCUGGCACAGAGAAAAGAAACUGUUGAAGCCAAACGUAUCGACCUAACAUGUGAUUGUCACGUCAGCGUGCGCGGUAGAUGUCAGUGAUCCUGCUCUGCAAGCAGAGCUAUACGGCAGGACAGCUGAACAAGUGCUCAUGGAUUAAAAAUGACCAGGAACCUAACAUUCCUGGCCAGUACGCCGAGUCUCAGAGGUCACGUGUUCGGCCGAUACUACAAGGGCAAAAGCGUAGGAAAUAGCUUCACGAAGAAUUGGCAGGGCUGACUGUGUGACGUACGGCUUUCUUCAAGUUUAUUUCUUUCCUCCGUGGUUUCUGAGUUAACCUUGCGUGCUAUUCUGGACAUUGUCGAAUUCCGCCAUAUUGUCAGCUCUGACUGGUCCAGAGGGCUUCUGGGGUGUUUCUGAUUGGCUCGAAAUGCCGCCAUUAGAGAAAUUCCUCCAAUAUGUAGGAAUUUGACGAUGUCCUGACAUGCAUCUCCGGGUCGAGAUAGCAAAACAAUUCUAGUCCGAUCUUUUUCCUUUCCGCGCUUCGUCAGUGGACCUAGGAACGAGCGAAAGGAAUCGCUACACAAUACCGGCCCUGCUUUUCCAUUUUUGUCAAGAUGUUUUCAUUCAGAUUCACGGAUGGGGGCGAAAUGCGAAAGCACCAGUGUACUUAGAUUUAGGUGCACGUUAAAGAAGCUCAGGUGGUCCAAAUUUCCGGAGUCCCCUACUACGGCGUGCCUCAUAAUCAGAAAGUGGUUUUGGCACGUAAAACCCCAUAAUGUUUUUUCAUUGAGAUUCAUAAAAUAUUGAAAGUAUGUUAAGACCACAAGGCAUUCCAUAUUUUGCUUUCGCACGACAUUUAAUUUCUCUCGAAUUCAAAUUUUGGGUGGCCGAUUGCUCGGUAUUUCACGGCAUCCUUCUUUAGUCCCCUCGUUACCGCUGUAGUGACGCCAGAGAAUAUUCGCAUUUCCUUUCAUUUAUCCUUCUAUACGCAUCGUACGCCGCAGCUCUGGUUAUUGCGGGCACCUGGCAUUGCCACACAUCAUCUUUGGGCAGCAAUUUUUUUUUGUUUCGUAAUCUAUUCGCAGGCUUAAGCAUCCCAGUAUCCUCAGUGUUGUCUGUGUCCGUGUUCAGCGCGUAGUUACAACGUCUCGCUUAUUAUUUUUGUCCAAAAUGCUUUGAAAGUACCAUCUUUAUGGAUGUGAAUGAAUGUUUUCUUUCUUUCACCUAGCUUGUUUGCGAAAUCGCAGUCUAAUAUUGAGCGUAUAAUUUUUUUUAUUAGUUGAUGUUUAAUCCGCGGGUGACAUUUAUGUGUGGAAGCACCGGUACAUUGGCACAUUGCACACUUUUUGCCAUUUCCUCGAAUUCGCGUUCUUACUUUCCACUUUUUUUUUUCAUUAGAAACGGCUACAUCACUGCACGUGUUUUUGGGACAUCUUUGUCCAACGUAGAGAGAUAGAGAAACAAUCUCUCCAAAGUGGAGAGUCCUUGGGCAUUGCACGUACAAACUGUUUCGCUGUCUCAUUCCUGUACCCUCACUUCCAAGCUCAGUGUGUAAUUCCGAGCUUCGUUAUAUAGUUCAUCUGUUCAUGUUGCAAUGUACAUUGUUGAUUGUGUAUGCGUAUAAUUUUAUUUGGUAUGCCUUCUUUUGUUUGAACAAGUGUCCAGGUUGACCUUGAGCAUUGCUUCAUGUGUACUGCGUGUGUUUCCGCCUCGUGCUUUCGAAGAGUCCAGCGAUAUGUACCCCAGGAUGCCAUAUGUAACCACAGACACACUUACACACAUACAAGUAAGGAGCAGAAUGAGAAAACACACAGUUAUAAAAAGAAUAAGAGUGGAGUCGUUCCGUUACUUUUGUAUUCACAGAUGUACAUGUGACAAUAAAUGUCAUUGUACUACAUUAGUACGAAUAAAUGUGGCGCGUGGCGUGG